AUGGCGAAAACGAACGUCUAUUUCGAUGUGGAGAUAGAUGCAGUGCCUCUUGGAAGGAUUGUGAUGGAAUUAUCCGACAAAACUCCGAAGACCAGUGAAAACUUCAGAGCUCUUUGUACGGGCGAGCAAGGAUUCAGCUAUCAAGGAUGCCCCUUCCAUCGCAUCAUACCAGGAUUCAUGGUGCAGGGCGGCGAUAUCGUGAGAGGAGAUGGAACAGACGGGAAGUCUAUUUACGGGAAAGUGUUUGAGGAUGAGAACUUCGAGCUGAAACACAGCGAAGCUGGGUUGCUCUCCAUGGCCAAUACCGGGCCAAACACGAACUCGUCACAGUUUUUCAUCACGUUGGGCAAGGCUGAUUGGUUGGAUGGAAAGCAUGUUGUUUUCGGCAAGGUUGUUGCAGGAAUGGAAAUCGUCCAAGCUCUUGAGAGUUUCGGAUCUAAGGAUGGAGACGUGAAGGAAGAUUGUCGCAUCGCCUUGUGCGGGCAACUCUAG